CCCUUUAAUAUCGGGCCUGUGGAUGAGGCAUCCUGAGAGAGAGAAAAACAUAUCUACCUCAGGAAAGAACCUCAUAGAGAGGGAGGGAAGGAAGGAGAGAACGGGUAGGAGUGUGUGUGUGUGCGUUUGUAUAUGUGUGAGAGAGAGAGACACUUACUCUCCUAACUACUAGGAGACAGACACAUUUUCCUGUCCAGACUCAAAGAAGGGGGAAAACAGGAGGAAGUUUUUUUUUUUUUUGCUUCAAUUUGAUUUCAAUUUUCCCGUCCCUCAACAAUCAAGCUUUUCCUAAAGCUUCUCCUCCAGGAAGUCUGUUCUUCAUUCCCAAUUGGAAACUCUACGUAUUGAUCCAUUUCCACUCUACCACCACAAGGCAUACCUCAUGGAUUUGUUCCUGAUUGGAUAUAUGAUGUGUGUGUGGUUGUCCAGCUGGCGGGUGCUUGGAGGCUAUCCCAUCUGGUGGUCCCUAGCCCUGGGGCAGCAGUACUCGUCUCUGGGCUCCCAACCCAUUCUGUGCGGCUCCAUCCCUGGCCUGGUGCCCAAGCAGCUGCGCUUCUGUCGCAACUACAUCGAGAUCAUGCCCAGCGUGGCCGAGGGCGUGAAGCUGGGCAUCCAGGAGUGUCAGCACCAGUUCAGGGGCCGGCGUUGGAACUGUACCACCAUCAAGGACAACCUAGCCAUCUUUGGCCCUGUGCUGGACAAAGCGACCAGAGAGUCGGCGUUCGUCCACGCUGUCGCCUCAGCGGGGGUGGCGUUUGCUGUGACUCGGUCCUGCGCCGAGGGCACAUCCACCAUGUGUGGCUGUGACUCCCACCACAAGGGUCCCCCGGGGGAGGGCUGGAAGUGGGGCGGCUGCAGCGAGGACGCCGAGUUCGGGGUGCUGGUGUCCAGAGAGUUUGCCGAUGCCAGAGAGAACCGUCCUGACGCGCGCUCUGCUAUGAAUCGGCACAACAACGAAGCAGGACGCACGACCAUCCUGGACCACAUGCACCUGCGCUGUAAAUGCCAUGGCCUGUCGGGCAGCUGCGAGGUGAAAACAUGCUGGUGGGCGCAGCCCGACUUCCGCAUGCUGGGCGACUACCUGAAGGACAAGUACGACAGCGCCUCGGAGAUGGUGGUGGAGAAGCACCGCGAGUCGCGCGGCUGGGUGGAGACGCUGCGCGCCAAGUACGCCUUCUUCAAGCACCCCACGGAGCGCGACCUGGUCUACUACGAGGGCUCGCCCAACUUCUGCGAGCCCAACCCAGAGACGGGCUCAUUCGGCACGCGCGAUCGCGCCUGCAAUGUGUCCUCGCACGGCAUCGAGGGCUGCGACCUGCUCUGCUGCGGCAGGGGCCACAACACUCGGACUGAGAAGCGCAAGGAGAAGUGCCACUGCAUCUUCCACUGGUGCUGCUACGUCAGCUGCCAGGAGUGUGUGCGUGUCUACGACGUGCACACGUGCAAGUGAGAGCCUGUGCGCUCGCUUGGACAGAAUGAUGGACCACAGCGGCCAUCGCAGACAUACAGGCACACUGCAGUCAUCGCAUGCAUACAGACUUAAGUACAGACAGACACCAAUGGGGAAUGGCAUUUCUGUACUGGAACUCUAUACUUCUGGACCCUUGUAAUAAAAAUGUCCCUCAUAUCCUUCUUCCAAGCCCUGCGUCCCAUAUGUAGGUCCAUUUCCAUUGGAACAAGCUCAGUCAGUUUGACCAGUUCCCAUUCCUACAGCAUUGGGCCAUGACCCCUUUAUUUAUUCCCCCCCCCCACGGCUGUGGUACCUAACGUGAAAUCAUUGCAGUAACCGAUGACUUUCCAGACCAUUGCUAUCGAAUGGACAUCUUUUUAACUAACACCUGAUUUCACCAGUCAAAUCACCUGGCUGGUCAACUAUUGUGAACUAAAGCAGUUCCCCAACGUCACUCCUCAAUCCAAACAGUACUGAACACACGGCGGCAGCCCAGGAACCUACCACUUAACUACUGAGCGGGCUGUUUCUGGACCCUGCCCUUCUAAACUAAGCUACUGAGCUGGUGAAAUCUCCACUUUCCCAACCCCUGUACUGCAGCAGUCACCUAGCUGAGACGCCUGGAAGAUGUGCUAGAGCGUGACUUUAUAGCCCCACAUUUCUGAAAUAUUAGCAAUGGGCCGGGACUGGAGGUGGUAUGCAGGAAGGGACAUGUGCACGAAACAAACAUGCUUGUUCCCACUCACGGACAUUUCUGCACCUGUAUGCACUAUUCAGCUGUACACAAACUGUCUGGACGAGGUGAAACUUUAGCAAUUGUUAUUUAUGAGAGCAAAUGCAUUCUUCUUGUUGAUCUCAAGAUCAGAUAGACUUUUCUGGAAUUUCCCUUACAGUAUUUGAGGAAAUUAUAAUGAUAUGUCAUAUAGAAGAAAACAUUCGCAACCAACAACAGGUAGAGGGUUCAGGUUUAAGAGACCGUACUUCAUUGGAUUAAGAUUGAAUUCCUUGAUCACCAGGUCAUUUUGCACUUGCAAUAGGCCCAAUGCUAAUGAAUAAUUAUACUAAUAGCGGGUCGUACUACAACAAUGAGAUUAUAAUUCUAUCUAACACACUGGCGGUCCAUUUCAUUAGGUUCCUCAUAGCGCUGGGAAGUCCUUGUUCUAAGCUAAACCCUACUCACCAGUGAAAUGUGACGACAAGUGGAGAACGCAGACAGUGUCAAGUCUUCAAUAGCCCCCUUUCCUCAUCUCCUUCCCUUAAUUGCCACUGACGUGAAAUGUCUUGACAAUAGAAGCAAUAUGUUGGAAACUUGUUCAGAGACGACGUGUCCGUGGGAAACAAAUGGAGGAGACGAGGGUAAGAAGGUUAUGUAGCCUAUUGGGAUUACAGCUGAUGUGAGCGAACGUGUGUUUGUGCUGACUGCCAGUGACAGGGGUGUGAGGGUUAGGGGGAGGGAUGGCAGGCACGUGGGGUAAACGGCGAGAGGUUUCUACACAUGUUCCGACAGUCCUACGUGCUUCCUAUUCAUUAUAUUUAACAAAAAUACAAUUUACCCAGGUAGUAUAGGCUCCUCUGUGACAUACGGUAGCUUAGCAACUGCGUCACCCUCUAAAAAGCCCUCCCUACCAGGGCACGUUGUCGUUCCUUCCUUUCCUGCCCGCUAUAUCCAAAGUUUUGUACAAAGGUUUUAAAGUUAAUAAUUCCCUUUUUAUUUUAUAAUCUGAAAAUGUUAUGUUUUUAUAAAUAUUAUUUAUUAUACAAUGUGUAUAUAUCUGAACUAAGAUUAUAUAUUUGAAGAACAAAUGACUGUCUCAUGCUUUUGCUUCUUAGCCAUAGGUACUUUACUAAUCUUUUCAGUUUGUAAGCAUCGAUUCCUCUACACUUCCUUACCAAAUCAUGUAUAUAUAGACAUUGCACAUAACACUUUUGAACUCAUUUUUAAAUGGCAAGCUGCGAUGGUGUUCCAAACUGUGAUAGACAGUUAUCCAUGCUUAAUAAAUAGUCCGAUCCUCACUAUAACUCAA